CUAAUCUUACGAAUUACGUAUUGUAGUUGCAUUCUCCUAUACAUAUUCAUCAAAUUCUAAAUUGCUCAACUCAAGUUUUUAAACCUACUAUCAAUUAGUUAAACAUGACACAUCAAGGAAUGUAUACUUACUUUUCUAAUCUUAAUUCUAUAUCGGAAAAGAUUUCCGAUGAUAUUAACAGUGUGAAAUCCACUUAUAGUAAAGAUGACUGGAUUAAUUUGAGUUGGGCUGAACAAGAAAAUGUAUUAAACAAGCAUUUAAUAAAACACGAGAUUUAUAGUAAAUAUUUUAAAGCUGAACAGUGUUCUCCCCUACAAACUAUUCCCAAGAUAAAAAAAAAUUGUCUCUUCUGGCAAAAUAUUGAUUCCACUUAUUAUUAUAACGGACAGGAUUUAAGAACAUAUGUAAAGCAAAAUGUUGGCCUUAAAGAACUACAUGAUGAAAUUCUCGAAAAUUGUCGUGACGAACACUCUUUUCCCUUUAGCUACAGAACGGAGUCACAGAUAAACAUGCCAGCAAUUUUUUGCGGUGCCAUUGAACCAUCCAAAGGUAGUUCAGAAAAAAUUAAUGAUAGCCGAAAUAAAAUCAAUAAAGCGUGUAACCUUAAAGAAAAUUUUAAAUUUGAAAACCAUGGUGGAUAUCUUAAUUCAAUACCAAAAUCACAUGUUGUUACAUUUCCCUGCCAACAGAUUAAUAUAAACGACUGGUCUGAUGAAAGCUUGUUAAAAAAUACCAGUCAAUAUGAAAAUGUUCAGCUUCUUACAAGGGAAACGAAAAUUCCACAAGGUUUUGAUUUUCUAAGUAACUGGUAGAACCAUGACUUGAAAAAAUAAAAAUUAUAUUAACUAAAUUAAAUUUGAAAAUAUAACAAAUAAAGAAUGAAAACUACACCGUGAAACCUUAAGUUCCUAAACCUUAAGAAAACUAAUAUUCUUUAAAUUGAAACUUUACUUAAACAUUUUUUGUAAACUAUUAAACUUAUACCUACAAAAAUAAAAUAUAAAUAACUCUUGGCGAUAUAAAAAUCAGUCGACGUACGCGCAUGCGUUCCUUA